UGUCAGCUGUCAAUCAUAUUUACACACUGGACUCGGCUCAUCUAAGUUUAUAGAAUAUUUACUAAUAAAAUUCUGACUUAAACUUUCAUAAUCGUUUAAUAUAUGUCAUGAUUUUUAGUUCUUUUAAUUAUUAAACAUGGUGGUAAAAAAUGAGGAGCUACAAGAACAAACGAAAAGGUUACGAUUUAAAACAAAUGUUCAUGGUUCUGGUGAUUUAGAUUCAAAGUUUGCAAAACAAAAAGAAGUGCCUGACAAGUCAUCGUCAUUAUUCGCAUUUUUGCACGUUGAAUUGACUCGAGGAUAUCUUUUGGAGCAUGAUGAGGAAAGGUUCUCAGCAAGAAGGGAGAAAGUGUACUCCUUCAUCAAAAUUCCCCAGGAAUUAGAGAAGUUCAUGGCAUACGGUUUUUUUCAAUGCGCCGAUUCGCUCCUGUUUGUGUACACAUUUUUACCAUUACGUUUUAUAAUGGCAUUUUGGUCUUUUUUUAAUAGAUUAUUUAGAAGAUGUUUUCGGUUUAAUUCACAUCAACAUGAAAGUAUACUAAAGCCAGCUGAGACUUGUGAUGUGCUCAAAGGUUUUAUAUUAUUAAUAUGUAGCAUAUUAAUGUGUUAUAUUGACACAAAUAUGAUGUACCAUUUGGUUAAAAGCCAGAGUGUUAUGAAGUUGUACAUAUUUUACAAUAUGUUGGAAGUUGGGGACCGUUUGUUCUCAGCAUUUGGCCAGGAUAUAAUUGAUGCUUUGUUCUGGACGGCCACUGAACCUCGGGAUCGGAGAAGAGAACACCUUGGAGUUAUCCCACAUUUCAUUUUUGCAAUGACAUAUGUGUUCCUUCAUAGUCUGCUAGUGUUGUUUCAAGCUACCACAUUAAAUGUUGCUUUCAACUCUAACAACAAAAGCCUUCUUAUGAUUAUGAUGUCUAAUAAUUUUGUAGAGCUAAAAGGGAGUGUUUUUAAGAAAUUUGACAAGAACAACUUAUUUCAAGUAUCAUGCAGUGAUGUAAGAGAGAGGCUGCAUCUUUCUGUCCUUCUCUUCAUAGUUGUUCUGCAAACUAUGAAAGAGUAUUUAUGGAGAGAAGAUCGUUUUUGGAUACUUGCUCCGGAUUGCAUUCUUGUGCUGACAUUUGAAGUUAUAAUUGACUGGGUUAAACAUGCAUUUAUCACUAGGUUUAAUGAAAUUCCAUAUGGAGUGUACAGAGAAUAUACAGUAAGCCUGGCUUACGAUGUUGCACAGACAAGGCAGAAGUAUGCAUUUAGUGACCACUCAGAUUUGGUGGCUCGCAGGAUGGGGUUCAUUCCUCUACCACUGGGAGUUGUCAUUACAAGAGUUCUGGUUCAUGCUGUCAAAGUAGAUGGAUUUGCAGCAAUGUUCCUAAUAAUUCUGGCUUACUUGUGCUUAAUAACGGUGAGGGUUUUGAUAUCCAUAGUCAUACUGGGCAAGGCGUGUGCGCUCAUCUCACAACAUCAGAUGGAUAAAAAUGACAGCCAUCACACAACACCCAAAAGAGAACCGAAAGAAGUUACAAAGGAAAUAUUGUUUAGUAAGCCGGAGUGUGAAGUGCCACUUGCAAAGAAACCUGUACAGCUCAAGUUCCAGAUCCCAGAAGACGUAGUCAUUAGCGAGCCGCUGGUGUACGCGUCAGCGGGCGCGGCCGCCAUAUUCUCUAAUAGUGCCAUAGAUUUAAACGGCGUGUGUUACUUGAACGACACAAUGAACCCGCAAGUCAAACAGGAAUCGGGAGACUUCCUCGAUACGGAACUGGCGGAGGUGAGCCGCAGCGCGCCGGACAUAAAGUGUGCGUCGGGCGAGCCCGCGCCGCCGCGGCCGCGCGACGCCGACGCCGACUGCCUCAAGCGCCGCGCUGACUCCGAGCCUAACCUCGCCACGCCGGAUGACGCCCCGCACGCCCCGCACGCCCCACACGCCCCACACGCCCCACACGCCCCGCACGCCCCACACUGACACCGCAUCGCAGGAUAUUGUACAGGCAUGUUCAAACAACUAAUGUCUGAUUCACACUUGGCCAUUACAACUUAAUACCUGGACCGUCAAUCAACUGGUACAAUGUAAUAGUGUUAAAAGUCAGUCCAGUUAUUGUGCACUGUCCAACUGCUGGCCAAGUGUAAACCAGGCAUAAUAUUUGAUUGUAAUAUACGACUGGUUUGUGUUUAAUUUGAUUUUUAUUUGAUGCUGACCGUAGUAGUGUUGUAUGGAAUUGCCAAUAUUAAAUUUAAUUAGCAUUUUAAUUUGAAAAGAAGUAAAAAGUUGAUAUCUGAUAAUAUAACCUCAAAUUUUGUGAACAUACAAAUAUUAAAUAUUAUACAUGACGGCCUUUGCUUUAGUAAUAAUUGUCGGAAAUGCUGUAAAUUUGUGCAAUUUAUGAGAUUUAGUCAAAUGAAAUUGUAUAAUCAAUAGUUAAUAGUAAAACAUUGACAAUAUAAAUUAUUUAAAAAAUUUGAUAACAUAACUUUAAUAAGUUUGCUAACGUUUUUUUGGAAUAAGGGGUAAUUUAUUUUAUUGUUUUGAGCUGGAAAAUAAAAAAGCAGUUGGUGCAGGUCUCUAUAAAUGGUUUCAUUUGUGACCAAAACGGCCAUUCAAAAUUCAAAGCGAGUCAAACGGACAAUUACAAAAUCUGGUCAUACUUUGUUGUUUAUUUGAACUGUUUAAUAAAAUUAUUGACAAAUGCUCAUAUGCACAUUGAUUUUAGAAUAGAAAUACAUUCCAAGUUAAAUACAGUUUAAGAUACAGAUUUGUCUACGGUCGGUGAUUUACUGCGGAUGUAGUGUACAAAAACAUGGUUGUCUCUGUUUUUUAAUUAGAAUGAUAGUUGGUGUGAAAGAGAUGACAUAUUUUUGUUUAUAGCAGUGGAUUUUGCGAUGAGUGGUAGACAAAUGUAUUCGCUAUUAUGAGCACAUUUCUUUUAUCACUUGAGUGACAAUUUAAAAAAAUAAACUGCUUAGGUUAUUAGACCCAUGAAGUAUUCUUUUGUAUCGAUUGUUUUUAAGCAAUUUGACUUUUAUUACAUAAAUUCAUCUUGUAUUGAUAACAACUUAAUUUAAAUGUAUUUCUUUUUAGUUCCUUACGAAAUGUUAUUUAACUUGUGUGUUAAGCAGCCGACUGUAAUGUUGGCACGUCAAACAGAACAAUACUCACGUUAGCGACGUGCCAACUCAAAUGCCGGCUACUAAAAUUUGUUGAUCUUCGUAUAUUUUUUUUAGUUGUUAAUAUUGAUUUGAGUGUCUGAUGUUAUAUUACUAUCUCUGUCUCUCUCAUAGGAUUCAUUUCAUCUAGUCGUAUACUGACAAUACUAAAUACAAAGCAACUGUGUUUUGAAUGCCGUGGUCACAUAUCGCUGUCUUUCUCUUUUCAAAGGGAAUAUGAGGGAUGACAAUAUCUGUGAUCAAGUUCAUUGCACUCGAAACACAAACGUGAUAUGUUUAAAGAUGGAAUGGUCUAUAAAAUUUUGUAUUAUCUAUUUAUGUUAUAUUUUUAUUUUUUAAUUUGUGUUUUUUAAUGUUGAAAAUGUUACA